AUGCCAGAUUCGAGCAGGUCCGGCAAGGGUCCAGAUGGGGAAUAUGGAGACGGGCCCGAACCGGCCAGCGCCCGCGUUGAAUCCCCGCACGAUCUCUGUGGGGAAAUCCUUGGCAUGCUUCUUUUGGGCGAUGGGGACGAGUUGGGGUUGUUCAUUGCCAUGUCUCGCCGAGCAUGGCCGAACCCAAACGGCCCGACCGGCAAAACAAUCGGUCUAGUCAACCCCAUCAAUGAGCCCCAGACGGGCAACGAGAUCUGGGUUCAUGAGACGCCACUCCCGGUUGCGACCAUGGGUAGAUUCAUGGAGUUCCUUGCGAACCACACACUACCCAACGGCCAGCUGACGACGCUGCCAACGCUCUCAUCCGACGAAAUCUCCAAGAUGGCGAAGCCGUACAAUGACUGGGCUCCGCCGCCGUACAACAACAACUCCCUCCGCGGCGAUGCGGCGAUGACCCGGUUCUCUCUUUGCUUCGCCGGCCUGCCCGACCUAACCGACGUCAAAUCACUCUUCUCCGCUGGCGGCUUCGAUCUGCUAUCAGACAUCGACUUCGAACUCGAAAUGUGCCGACAGCGCCUCUGGGCAGGCAUGGUCCCCCUCUCAGACCGCCGCUGGGCCGACAAGAAGCUCGACGCACUGCAAAACAUCGACCUCGCCGCCGAACACCUCCUCAAGGUCUGCGACAUGAUCCACUUCAGCAUGCCCACGCCCUCCGACAGGGCCCGCAAAGCCUACAACCAAGUCUACGACGCCUUCACGCACUUCGACACCGUCCUCGCCGCCCACUACGCGGCCACCACCCCGAACCGCACCACUCCCCUCCCCAGCGUGGCCAACCUCUGGGCCGACUUCUUCUUCACCCACACCGCCUCGCCAGCAAUCUCCAAACCGCCAUCGCCGCCGCCCCGCCCGUCCCCGGCGGAACCAAAUUCUCCCCCCAACAAACCCCACCUCCUCUCCCAAUUCACCCAACUCACGCACAUCCUCCGCCGCCUCGACCUCACCACCCUCCUCCCCCUCCCCAACUUCAAAUCCACCCUCCCCGCCCACCAACCCCUCACCUUCCCCCCGCCCACCGGACUGGCCCGCUUACAUCCAAUUCCACGGCGUGACGCGCAUGCAGGAGUAUUACCCCCCCGAUCUCGUUGCUGCGCUAUGGGGUCUAUCAGCAGCGGGGUGGGGCGCUUGGUGCGGGACGAGUUUGGGGGCGGCUGGCGCACGAUGACGAGGAGGAGGUGCACCCCCGCGGAGGAAGGGCAUGGUCUCGGCCGCACCGGGUGGGGACCGCCCUUGUACAUGCGUGUAGGGGAGGCGUAUAACACCCCGAAACUCCCGAUACUGGGAGAGGGUUUAGUGGAAAGAAGGUACAUGUGGGUUUGGUCGCGUAUCGGGUGUGGUAAGGGGUGCGGCGAGGGGGGAGUGGGAAGAGGUUUAGGGAGAGGUUUGAGGGAGGAUGUUGUGGCGAAGUGGGGGGAGGGCGUGAAGGGGGUGGAGGGGAUUCGGGACAAGAUGGAGAUUCGGUGGGUGGAUGGGCGGGAUGUAGGCAUUGCGGAAGAGGAUGUGGACGGUGCGAGGAAGCACUUCAAGGGGCUGAACGAGAACCGCGGCGCUGGAAUGGAUGGCUUGGUCGCCCCGGCGUUUCUGGUCGCUGACAAGAGCUCCGUUGAGUCGUAUACCGGCGCUGCCUUUGCGACGCCAGAUGAUCCGGAUUUCGGCCCGUUCAUACUGGUUGGGAAGCUUGACGAAGUGGAUCCGUCAACCCACAAAGCGCCGGGUUUUGAAGGGGCGGUCAGGGUGUUGGGGACGGUGUUGCUGGAUGAUGUUUGGCCGUCUCUGUGGUGUAGGCUCGUUUGUGUGGAGGAUAUGUGGAAUCUGGCGACGUGGCAUCCGCUGUCUAUCUACGUGGGCUCGGUCGUGCACAGCCAGGUUGAGGGCUGGGAUCAUUUUCGGCAGCUCAGGGGUGAAGUGCCUAAAUAA